AAUGGGUUGGUGGGAUGGUGCCCUUUAUGAGGAGCUUAUUAGUGGGUUUCGACCGGAAAGGUUUUGGCUCACUUUACAGCUUCAAGCUCUUGUGCGCCUGUGUCUAAGCUGAAGUAGAGAGGAGUUUUAUCCGCACCUUCUUCUUGCUCUGGCCGUUGGGUUUCUUGGGUCAGUUCAGCUCGAGAGAGAUGAGUUAUCUGGGAGUGGGUGUUAGUCCUGGGAAUGUUGCAGUGCAUCACGAGACAAACUUGAAGGUGAUUGACCGGAGAGUGAGGCUUGUGGAGCUGGUGCUGAGGUGCGUGAUCUGUGGGCUUGCUGUUGUUUCAGCCGUUCUUGUGGGGACAGACAGUCAGGUCAGGGAAAUCUUCACAAUUCGGAAGAGGGCCAAAUUCACUGACAUGAAAGCUCUUGUCUUCUUAGUGAUUGCCAAUGGGAUAGCUGCUUCCUACUCUCUGAUCCAAGCAUUGAGGUGUGCUGCGAGCAUGAUCGGGGGAUAUGUUCUGUUCAGCAAGCCUUUAGCUUGGGCCAUCUUCUCGGGUGAUCAGGCAAUGGCUUACGUAACAUUAGCUGCCGUCGCUUCAGCAGCUCAAUCUGCGGUCUUUGCAAAAGUGGGACAACCAGAGCUUCAGUGGAUGAAGAUAUGUGAUAUGUAUGGGGAGUUCUGCAAUCAAGUCGGGGAAGGGAUUGCGACUGCCCUGCUCGUGAGCCUUAGUAUGGUUGUGAUUGCUGCAAUUUCCGCCUUCAGCCUCUUUCGGUUGUAUGGAGGAGGCAGCAAGGGCAAGAGCAGCGGCUCGGGUUGGUGAACCAGACCAGAGAUCUCUGUUAUGUCUUUGAAACUUGGGUUUAGUUUCCGUUUCUGUCACAUAGUUUUUGUAAAAUCUUAGGUGAGUUCUGUCCGGUGGGUGUAGGCAUUUAGAUGUUCCGGCAUAAAUAAGCCGAUCCCGAGCUCUCAGUUUUCACGCGAUCUCCGGGUUAAAGUCUUGUUGACUUGUGGACUCGUUUUCUAGGGCAGAAGCGAUUUAUGCUUUGGCCAAUUACCUGACCAUAGUAAGGCGGUUGUAAACUUGUAAUGAAUCGCAGUAUGCGUUCUAUUAAUGACGAUGGGUGAAAUGAAGCUGCUAAUGUUCAGUCUC